AUGGAGAGGAAAAAAGAAAUCUCGUCAACGGGUCAAAUAACUCGUGUUGAUGUUAAGUUUGCUUAUUUAACGAAUGAUAAGUAUGGAAGUGUGUUCGUCCCACCGUGUUCAGCCCUUCCGAGAAAUUGCCACAGUGCUGAUUUGACCCUUUUUUAUAAGGCUGGUGACAUCGUUCAUUUCACAGCAAUACCACAGCAAGGCAAGAACGAAUGCCAGUGGCUAGCCACAAAGGUAACACCGUCAGCAAAGAAUGACUUGUAUCAGGCGCCGUGUCGUCAGAUCAGCACUUUCCAACAGGUUGUCACAAUCACAUUAGUAACCGAAACGUAUGCAUAUGCCUGCAAUGGUGAACUAGGUAUGGUUUUCAUUCCUGGUGCAGCUUUUCAACAAUCCGAGGUAAUAAAAUUGGAUAGUUAUUUGGCUGUUGGUGACAACAUCAUAGUUCGUAUUCGUUCACAAGCGCCUAGAUGUGGUUGCAAUUGGAUUGCUGAAUAUGCCAGCAAAAUUACCGCUUUAAAUGCUGCUGCGUCUUCUGUACUGAGUGUUGUCGGUAAUGAAAGUUCCUCUAUUGAUCAUAUAGAACGAGGUAAAGGAAUAAUUGUUUGGACAGAUCAUUUAAUGGUUUGCGUGAUGAACAAUCGCAGUGAAAAGGUGAUGUGUCCAAUUUUAACUUGGAUGGGAGGCAACAAUGGCAACCUAUUUGCCGAAAGCUUAACCGAUGUGGUUGAAGUUGGACAAAUGGUCUUUUACGAAGCUGUGUUUAGUAAUAUUGGACUGAGGGCAAAAUGGUGGUCUACAAAAUUUCCAAGGAAAAAUUUUGCGGAUUCAUAUACGCAAACAGCGCUCACCGUGGAGCAGAUGAUUAUUCGCUCUAUAGAACCUGAUAUCCUUCAACAUUUACAAAUGAAAAUUCCGAAUAUAAUUAAGCUUGCUAAAAAUUUAUAG